AAUAAAUUGACCAAAAACGCUGCGUAUUAUUCUAAAUUGUAAAUAAUAAACUAAAGCUUUAUUAUUCUACUUAUACACAGUGCAAUAGUGAAAAAAUGUCUGUAACAAUGGAACCAGAAGGAUACUGUACCGAACACAAUUGUACCUGCGGUCCUCCCCCAAAGCGCCGUCGAAUACGUAGAGUGACUAUUCUAGACUUGCUGCACGUAGACCUGGUCCGGAACGCCAUAUUUGACUAUGUGCCUUUGGGAGACCUGCUUCGCUCCGAGCGGGUCUGUCAGCGGUGGCGGAGCGCUGUACAUCAUUAUUUGAGAGGCGCCCGUCGCAUCCGCUCCAAGCUGCACGUCACCUCCCCCUGGCACCCGCCGCCCCCGCGCCUGUGCCGCUGCCAGCGCCUGUUCCCCCUCGACGAGAGUCGCGACCCCUGGUUCUGCUCCUCGUUAUACAAGUGGGGGAUGGGGGUGGAGUCGGCGCCCUGCACGGCCGGGAGCUUCGGGGAGAUUGUGGGGCAGUGCCCCAAUAUACGAGAGAUUACGUUUUACGGAUUCCCGGACCGGGAAUUAGUGAGGGAUAGCGUCGAUAUCGGAAGGCUACGGAACCUGAAACGGGUUGCUUUCAGGAAUCUCAUCAUAGAGGAUGAGGACAGGGAACAGGUCACCGACGAAGACGUAAUAAUCCUCCUACAAAGCAACCCGAUCGAGGAACUAACUAUAAUAGGAAACGACCAAAUCACAGGCACAUUCUUUCAACACCUAAAAACCAAUCUAACAGCACUGCGACUCCGAAACUGUCCUAACUUAGACUAUAAGCAUCUACUUUCGGUUUUAGAUUAUUUAAAAAAUGUUACUGUAUUAGAUUUAUCAAGAAAUUCCGCAGAUGUUUUAAAGAAUGUCCAUCUAUUACUUGAUGUUAUGCCAAAAUUGGAACGUUUGGAGUUGUGUGGUUAUGAGAAAGUUGAAUUAAACGGGCAGUUAAAAGUGCAUGUUAGGUUGGAGAAAUUGAAACAUUUAAAUUUGAGGAGGAACAAAAAUGUGAAUGAUGAUUGGUUAGAAACUAUUGCGAGAGGGAAUAAAUUAUUAACGUUUGAUGUGUCGUAUUGUAAAGGUGUAACGAUGACAGGCUUGACCGAAGUGUGUCAGUCGUCGAAGUCUAUGAGCGAGCUCGCUAUAGCGGACAACGACGACGUGUCAGACGAGGACGUCGAGACCAUCAUACGGCUUCUUCCCUUCCUUACGAUCCUCAACAUCCAGAAGUGCGUCGGCGUGACGUCGGACCUGGUGGUGUACCUGACGCGCAUCAUGCGCCGCCGCGGCCGCCACCGCCUGCCCGCGCUGCGCCUGCGCCUGCACGGCACCGUCGUGCCCGACGCCAUGCCGAUGGUGUAUUCCUUUAUUCUAGACUUCGCGAAAGGUACGAAGCUCGAUCCGAAACCUAGCCCGUACUUAGGUUUUUGAUCCUCUCUACUAGACUUAUAUUGACCGGGAUAUAGACCGUGAUUACCUUUUGUAUUAUUUGUGAGCUCCCGAUAUUUCGACGCAGUUACAUGCAUCAUGUUCACGGGUGACUGAAGAUAGCGGGUGGGUGUCAAAGUUGUGUAGACAGCGCUCUGUCUACCCUCAUUCUUGCGCGUCGGCUGCGUUCACUUUCAACGUUACCAACGGUCGCAUUCACACUUGUUGGUACGGUCGCGUUCACACUCGUUGGUCUGUCCAAACACACUACACUCACGGUGUCACUACGCGUGUUUGAUUCGGAUAUCACUCACUAUAUCUCUCUACUAGUUCAAUUAUGCAGGAUGAAUUUUAAGGGUUGGUAAUUCAUCCUGUAUAAUUCAUCCUGUUUAACCCACACUGUGCUGGGAUAAUGUACAAAAUUCACUAUGGCAUCAUCCCCUAAAUCGUAGGAAAAAAAAAAUUGGCUGUCUCAUAGAAAAUAUCGAUAGCCGAAAUGUAAAUAGUUUUGUUUUCGCAAUUUUGGGCUGAGCCCAUAUAUUUUUAGUUUACAGAUGAAUUAUACAGUAUACAGCUAAAUAUACACGUAAACGUAUAUUGCGGAGUUAUAACUAGUUUAAGUUACUGCAUAUUUUGUAGAUUAAAAUAACUAUUUAUUUACACUUUAACAAAUUUCGUUCGCAUAAAAGUUUAGGUCGGGUGGGGUAAAUAUAAGACACGGGUAAAAAUAAGACUUAACCCUUAAAUGCAUAUUGUUGCCAAAUGUAUAAAGCAUUGGACAGCUCACAGAUUCAACAGAAAAAAGCUAAAAACAUUUAAGUUAAAACAUUUUUUCCAACCAAAAAUAAAAAAUCAUGGGUUAAGUUUAUAACACAAAAAGUUAUUCUAUUUCAUUUAAAGAGAAGCCUUGUGUGUAUACUUCUUUUUGAAUGGAGUAAGGAUGAAAUGGAAUAAGUUUUUGAGUAAUAUAGUAAUAUUACACGUCAAAAAUUUAAUUUAAUUACAUUUAAUUACAUGAGAUAGAUUACAUUAUUUUAAUUACAUAUAAUAUUGAAUGUAUACUACAUCCCGACGUUUCGAAACCCUUCUUCUUCACUUCUUUUUUUCUUCUUUCUUUUGAGUGUUAAAAGCUUAGUCUUAUUUUUACCCGUGUCUAAUAUUUACCCCACCUGAUCCUACCGCAUACCCUUUGUGGUUGAAUUCAUAAAAAUCUCUUCUUAGCUCAACAGUUUAUUUGGCACGUCUAUUCUAUAUAGAGAUGGGUAGUGAGUAAAUACUCAAGAGUAAAUACCGAGUAAAUACUCAGUAUUUACUCAAUUUACCCGUAUUUACUCGUUUAUACCCAAUUUGGUGGGUAUAAACUAUUUAGAGUGCUGACACUGCUGACAGGGUAUAGAAAUCUGAAAUAAAGGUGUAUUUUGUACUGGAUUUAGUAGUCCAAUUAGUAAAAAAUAUAUUUUAAGAGGGGCGUUCCAUACAUGUAACUAAGUGUCACAAUAAAAAAAAUCUAAAACCACCAACGUGUGGCACAUCAUUAAAUUGGUCUUUAAAAAUAACUUCAAUGUUAUUAUGCACUUUUUUCGAUAAAUUUAUUACUUUUAGGAAAAAAUCGUUUCCAAAGGCCAAAAUAAUGUUCAUCCCUCUAUAACUUUUGGAACAAAGUUUAAUAAAAUAUGAAAAAAUAGCGGAAGAAUAGACCCUAGAAAACACUUUGAGAAAAAAAUAUUUUAAACAUGAUCGGUCGGGUCAUUUUUGAGUUUUCAUUAAAAAACUCUUCAUAAAAGGACGUAAGUGCCGCGUAAACACGUAAUUUUGCUUGUACGGGGAUUCAGGAUUCUAAAAGGCGGACCUGUGGAUUCUAUUCCAGUCCUCAGUCACUUAUUUUAAUGGAAGAGUGGAACCCAGCGUGGAACGACGCUUUUUAAGCAGCAGUUGGCCGCAACUAGAUGGGUAGUUAGUAAAAACCCACCAAAUAUUUACCUAAAAUAAACGUAUUUGCCGUAUACCGUAACUAUGUAUUUAGUGUGGUUAAAAUAUGAUUUAACUAUAGUCGUUAGUUUUCAGGCUGGCCCUUUUGGUUAACUCUUCGUCUAUUGUAAGUAAAACCGCACGUGCUACUCACUCAAUAAAAAACGGUUCGGUCAAUUUAACCGGUUAUUGAAUUACAAUUUCUAUGGAACUUGCAAUAAGAUUCAAAAUGAACUACGGAAAAAUUGCGAGGCUGUGUGGGGUCCCUCUACGGUUACUGAGUUUCGGCGAGUCGAACACUACAGAACCAGUCUAAAAUAUGUCAACGAGAUGCGUAACAAAGGUGCGUUAUCCGAUAUAAAAUAUAUAUUUAUCGGAGAGCGCACUUAUACUGGUUUUUGAGCGUUGGCCUAGGGGGUCAUCCAUAAAUUACAUCACACGAAUUUAGUGAUUUCACAUUUGGCAAUCCCGUUCCCUCUCGUGUGACUUCACAUAUUUGACAAUUUUGUUUCAAAGAAAUUAGCAAAUUGAAUGAAAUAUAGUUAUUUUAAUAAAAAUAUCUUAAAUAAUAGGAAUAUUAGAAAUUUUAUGACACGAAACCGAUACGAUAUACCGUUUCAAAAACUAGCUUAUUUAGUUGUAUCGCGAAUACAAACAAUCAAAACAAUUUUCGACUACAAGUGAAGUUAAAGUGACGUCACAAAGUUUGUAACUCCUCUCCCCCUCUUCCCUAAUUAAUAGUUUUCCAUUGUAAUUGCCACGUAUUUAACCGGUCAACUAAUUAAUCGAACUUGGGUAGUUCAAAAAAAUAGAAAUGGGUGCUUUUUUAUUUUUAGUUAGCCUACUUUGGUGUCCCACUGCUGGGCAAAGGCCUCCCCUCGUUUUUUUCCAUUCGACCCUGUCAUCGGCAUUUUCCCACCAUUUGGGGUAGAAUGCGUCCAAGUCGUCCCGCCAUCUCAUUUUCGGUCUGCCUGAACCCUGGCCUGCACCGUCUAUGGUGUUCCGUGGGUUCCACUCAGUAACCAUUUUGGCCAUGGGUACUCAAAUUAAUAAAUUGGCAACAAAAACGGAGCCUUAAAUUAAUCAAUAUGAGUUGUAAUUUUAUGAAUUUUGGCCACAUUGCCAGGAAAGACAGUGAUAACCAGGAAAAGCUGGUAAUCACUGGUAAAAUCGAAGGCGAUAUGCCGAAACGCAGGAGUCCAAUGCGGUGGAUAGACCAAAUUCGCUCAGCCCUUGAUGUAACGCUCCACGGUGCCCUACACUCGGCGACAGACAGAAAGUAGUGGCGGCAAAUUGUCCAAGAGAAGCUAGAAGUUACCUAGAAGUGACCACGACCCUCAGUGAUGAGGUAACCGAUGAAAGGAGGAGGAGGAGACCACAUUUUAAAAAGAAAACGGCUAUAUAUUUGAGGCUCAUAUAAAUUAUGGGCGCUAAAAUAUUAUACACAGCCAAAUUAUAUUAUUAUAUGCCCAAUGAAAGUUCGUGUUUAAUAUUUUAGAUUCCCGAAUAUUGAUAAGCCAAUAGCGUAUUUGACUGUAUUUAAAAUUAAUUAUUUUACACCAUGCAUAAAAUAAAGCACGCAAAAUACAAGAAGAUUAAUAGAGAAACGUAGACAGCAGUUAUUUUUAGACACAAUUUCUAUUUUAAAGCCCGUAUAAAACAAUAAAGAGUAGGUAAUUUGAUUGUGACGUCACAUGCUAGUGUUUCAUAUAAAUUCCGUAGUAGCAAAAUCGUUUUAACAGUUAACAAAAAGAAACUGAUUUGACUAGUAGUCAAAUACCCUAUUAGAAUUAUAUGCCAAUGAUCGCACCUUUUUUGCAGGUAGUAGCACGUGCGGUUUUACUUACAAUAGACAAAGAGUUAGCCGUAAGAACUUACUAUACAUACUAUGUAACAAUCGCCGCGCUAUCUGGUAAGAGCUAUAUUGUAAAGUAUUUUCGUCGCAGUUUUAUUUUAAUAAAGAACUGGUUAAAAACUGUAUAAUAUGUGAAUCAGCUUGCAAUAUGCACUUAUCUAGAACGUAGGCAAAUAAGUAACUUUGAAAGUAAUUAAGUACCUUCUUAUUUAAAACAAAAUUGUUAACUAUACUUUAUCACGUCUAUAUCCGCUAAAUUCCAAAUUACCUCUUACUGCUAAUCACCUUUUUGCCAAAAACUAAGCGUAAUAAGCUUCUUAUAACAUAAAUAUUAUAAAUACACGUUAACACAAUUAAAUAAAAACCAAUUUAGUACUUAAAUCUCACCAAAAUCUUGAAAUUUUGUUAAUAAUCGUUUUUACGCACCAAAAUGAGUAAAUACGAGUAUUUACUGUAUACUUUGAGUAAAUACUGAGUAAAUACUCAGUAUUUACUCACCCCUACCCAUCUCUAAUUCUAUAUUAUUUAAAUUUGUUGUAUGAUGUAUGGUUCAAAAUUCUUUUCGUUGUGUUGUUUCUGACCACUCUGUCACUGUGUUUUUUAUCAAAUAAAUAAAUAAAAGUCGAGUGCUAUUGCAUGUCUUUCUAGCUGUAGACUAUAAUUUAUAAUUCACACAAGAAAAAUUAAAAACUAAAUUUCGCUCUAUACGAAAAGCUCCACUCUGUUACAUUGGGUACAAAGAAUAAGACCUAAAUUAUGAUUUAUCUUGUAUAGAUUAAGCUUUUAUUUGUAUUUGAUACUUUAAGCUAUAUGUAUUACUUAGUACAGUCGCCAUCAAAUAUAUCGGAGCGGCCGAGGUGUUAACAAUAUCUGAACA